GGGUUCAGCACCCACCUUCCUUGCAUUGGGAUUCUCCAUCUCUGGGCUGCUAGACCUGCUUGCCGACACUGCUAAAAUCCAGCGUGUGAAAAUGAAGUCGCAGGCCACCAUGAUUUGCUGUUAUGUAUUUUUUCUAGCCACAGAAUGUUCCCACUAUAGACCCAUGAUUCACAUCCAAGAUGGAGAUAAACCUCACAGCGCUGCAGGGAAACUCAAGACUGGACACACAGAAGAUGCUGUGUCAUUAAAUAUUUGUAAGGACACAGUGACAUCAUUUCUAAUCAAAUCCAUGAAGAAAUGUCACCAAAAAAUGUGGCAAAAAUCAACGGAAACGUGUACAAGCCUUUCUGUGGAGACACUGUUCAAGGACUCAAAUGCUGCUUUACACCUUUCCUUAGCAUCGGCCUCAAUACCUUUGAAUGUUCUUGACCUCCGAGCUCCAGAGCCAGUGGAGAGCAUCACUCAAGGGAUCCUUAAGAACUGCCCCUUCGACUUUGCCUGUAUAAUUAAUCCCGUGAAGUCAUCAGAAGCCACAUCUGGAAAUAUUGCAUUUAUAGUGGAGUUAUUAAGAAAUAUUUCUAUCCACUUGUCUGAUAAAGUAACCCGGGAGAAAAUGAAGAGCUACAGUAAAGUGGCCAACCACAUCCUCAGUCCAGCAGCCCUCGCGAAUUGGACUUUUGUUCCUGACAAGAGAGCCAGCUCGGAUCUACUGCACUCGGUGAAUUCCUUUGCCAGUCAUUUCCACGUCAACAAUGAAUCCGAGGACAUUGUGGACGAGCUCUUCAUUCAGACCAAAGGAUUUCCCAUCGAUCACAGUGCCCCAGGGAAAGGUCUCAAUUUCUCCUUGAAUGUGAAUAAUAGCACAGAAGGCAUCUCAGGAAUGGUAGAAAUUCCCUGGCAGGAGCUUCAGAAACUGCCCAGUACAUCCCAAGCCAUUGGCAUAGCUUUCCCCACACUGGGAGCCAUUCUGAAAGAGACCCACUCACCAAAUGGGAGUCUGAGCGGAUCCCCCAAUGGUCUGGUUCUGUCAGUCGUGUUGCCAGAAAGGCUGAGAGAAAUCCUACUCACCUUUGAGAAAAUCAAUAAAUCUCGGAACGCCAAGGCGCAGUGUGUUGGCUGGCACUCCAGGAAAAGCGUGUGGGAUAAGACAGUGUGCAAAACCACACUGGAUGCCAGAGGCGUGGUCCAAUGCCGCUGUAACUGCACCAGCACCAUGAGGUCUUUUUCCAUCCUGAUGUCCCCGCAGUCGGUGGUGGACAAAGUCCUGGACUAUAUCACUUGCAUUGGGCUCAGCGUCUCCAUCCUCAGCUUGGUUCUCUGCCUGAUCAUUGAAGCCAUGGUUUGGCCCCGCGUGGCUGUGACAGAGAUGUCACACAUGAGGCACGUGUGCCUGGUGAACAUAGCAGUGUCCCUCUUGGCUGCUAACACGUGGUUCAUCGUUGGCUCCAACUUCGACGUCAAGGCCAAGGGCUACAGCUGGUGCGUUGCUGUGACCUUCUUCAGCCACUUCUUCUACCUCUCUUUGUUCUUCUGGAUGCUCUUUAAGGCGCUGCUCAUCCUCUACGGAAUCCUGGUGGUUUUCCGGAGGGUGAUGAAGUCCCGGAUGAUAGCCAUUGCCUUUGCCGUUGGCUACGGGUGCCCCUUGGUCAUUGCUGCCACCACAGUUGCUGUCACAGAGCCACAGCAAAGCUACAUGAGACGGGACGUGUGCUGGCUGAACUGGGACACAAGCAAAGCCCUGUUUGCGUUUGCCAUCCCGGCCUUGGUCGUGGUGGCUGUGAAUCUUGCUGUGGUCUUUGUUGUUGCCUUCAAUACCCAGAGGCCUUCUAUUGGCAGCUCCAAUGCUCAGGAUAUGGCCAUAAUUAUGAGGAUCAGCAAAAACGUUGUAAUCCUCACUCCGCUGCUGGGACUGACCUGGGGCUUUGGAAUAGCCACUCUCAUCAAAGGGACAUCCUUGGUUUUCCAUAUCAUCUUCGCUUUGCUCAAUGCUUUCCAGGGUUUCUUCAUCUUGCUGUUUGGGACCAUUAUGGAUCACAAGAUAAGACAUGCCUUGAGGAUGCGGAUAUCCUCGCUGAGGGGAAGCCCAGGGCAGCAGAGAAUGCGCCAUUAA